CCGUUACCUCCCCGCGGGUCUCGCGAGAGCCUCGCGCGCGGGGCGGGGGGGGGCGGCGGGAGCCCCAGCGCGAGCGGCGCCAGCGCAAGGAUCCGGCCCGGCUCCCUCAGGCUGCUGCAGGAUGGGUGACGACCGGCCCUUCGUGUGCGGCGCCCCGGGCUGCGGACAGAGGUUCACAAACGAGGACCACCUGGCGGUUCAUAAACACAAGCACGAGAUGACAUUGAAAUUCGGCCCCGCUCGCACCGACUCCGUCAUCAUCGCAGAUCAGACUCCGACCCCGACUCGGUUCCUGAAGAACUGUGAGGAGGUGGGACUCUUCAACGAGCUGGCCAGCUCCUUCGAGCACGAGUUCAAGAAAGCUGCUGAGGAUGAUGAGAAAAAGGGCUCCGGGGCCCUGGACAUGUCCCUGCCCUCCACCCCGGACAUCAAGAUCAAGGAGGAGGAGCCGGUGGAGGUGGACUCGUCCCCGCCGGACAGCCCCGCGUCCCGGCCGCGCUCGCCCCAGCACAAGGACAAGGAGCUCCCCUCCAGGCCACUGCUGCUCUCCACACCCACGCCCACCAUCGUGCGGCCGGGCUCGCUGCCGCUGCCGCUGGGCUACGACGCCCUGCACGCCACGCUGCCCUCGCCCACCUCCGUCAUCACCCAGGCACCCCCGUCCAACCGGCAGCUGGGGUCUCCCACGGGCUCGCUGCCGCUCGUGGUGCAGCUCGCCAACGGCCAGGCCAUGCCCGUGCUCCCCGGGCCCCCCGUGCAGAUGCCGUCGGUCAUUUCGCUGGCCCGGCCCAUGGCCAUGGUGCCCAACAUCCCUGGCAUCCCUGGGCCCCCCAUCAACAGCAGCGGGUCCAUCUCGCCCUCAGGACUGCCCGUGCACUCCGAAGCCAAGAUGAGGCUGAAGGCCAGCCUGGCAGCAUCAUCCUCGCUGAACGGCGGCGGGCUGGCGCCGGGCUCGGCCAGCACCAUGGUGAGCGCGCGGCCGGAGCAGAGCCAGAGCCUGGGGCAGCACCCGGACGCGCCCUCCCCUGCCCAGCCACAGGUGUCCCCUGCCCAGCCCACGCCCAGCACGGGCGGGCGCCGCCGGCGCGCGGCCGACGAGGACCCGGACGAGCGGCGGCAGCGGUUCCUGGAGCGGAACCGCGCGGCCGCCUCGCGCUGCCGCCAGAAGCGCAAGCUCUGGGUGUCCUCCCUGGAGAAGAAGGCCGAGGAACUCACCAGCCAGAACAUCCAGCUGAGCAACGAGGUGACGCUGCUGAGGAAUGAGGUGGCUCAGCUGAAGCAGCUGCUGCUGGCCCACAAGGACUGUCCUGUCACGGCCCUGCAGAAGAAGACUCAGGGCUACCUGGAGAGCCCCAAGGAGAGCUCGGAGGCCUCGGGCUCGCCGGCGCCCGUCAUCCAGCACAGCUCGGGCCCGGGCGCGCACAACGGGCCCCGCCCGGAGCCCGCGGCCGGGCAAAGGACAGAGCUGGCCGUGCCCGCGGCCGCGCCCGUCAUCAUGGCCCCACAGCCGCAGUCUGCCGGCAGAUGA